CUAAAAGAAGGUAUCUUUUGUGACAUAAAUCGGAAGAACGCCAGUACCUUGUUAGGUGUAGAAACGACAAGAAGCCGCAGUUUGCGCGCUGUGCAUCAGAGGCAGAUUGCGAACAGCAAGAGAAGCAAGUAAGAAGCAAUGGUGCAGCAGCAUCACUCGCACAGUUCGCACGGCGAGGAUUUCGGCGACGAGCAUUACCGAAAUGACCACAGAAGUCACAGGAGAGGGUCCGGCGGACGCCACCGGCGCGGAAGCCGGAGCGGUAGGAGAAGCGCAGACACGAAUGGUAGCAGUAGACACGGAGGUCAUUACCACCGACAAAAUAAGCGCAGGAACGGCUACAACCUUCGUGCGUCGACGAGGCAACAUUUCAGUGCAGGAUCCUCUUCACACAGUCAUCGAGAUCAUGAUGAUUUUUACGACUCUGCUUUCGAAGACCCGUCGCUAGAGCAGCCUCUGGAACAGGAGCACUCGUUUUUGCAGAAGCUGCAGCACAGCACUGAUGUCGAGAAGAAGAGAGAGGAUCAUGACGAUGCCUCCUUGCAGCUAAAAAAAGGGCGUACUAGUGGAUCUACGACUUCCGGUGGAACAAGCGCAUCUUCGUCAUCCUCUGCCAUGAUAAGUACAACACUGAGUUCUAGUACCCCAUCGAGAAACAACCUCCGCGGCAGCAGUAGCAUCCACGCGGCGUCGUUGGUGCAGAAGACCGCUGUUUUCGACGGCGGGCAAAACAAUCCGCCGGCACCAGCUCCGGCAACUGCGGGAGCGGCGGAUGGCGCUGCACCCGCACCGGCUCCGGCUCCAGCGUCACCCGCCCCGGCGCCGUCAAGCGCCGCGGAACCGACGGAAGGGGGAACCACGUGGUUUGGCUGUUUCACCGGGAUUCUUGGUAGUCCGACGUACUUGGCCGUGACGAUUGCAGUGGUGCUGCUCGUAUUACUGGGGCUGUAUUUCAUCAACUGGAGAAGGUUUGGCUUAGUGAAACGGCUUUUAAGGUUCCUGCACUGGGACAAUAUGCACCAGGGAAAAAAGUGUGUCAGUGUAAGUCUGUGAAGAUGCUGCAGAGAAUGCAACUCGGUUGCAAUUGUCAUGUUCAUCCAUCAGUAGAGCGUGUUUAUUUCAUGUACGCUUGCACGUACCAGCAGCAGCAGCGCAUGCCAAGUUUUCAUUUGUCAUGCUACUCAGUAGCAAAAAAGUUCUGCUAACACAGUUUUUUCCCUUGAUACACAAGUACGGGGAUUUGGAGUUAACUGUCACUGUUCACGACUUGCAGUUGGAAAUGCAGCGGGCCAUAACCUCUGGGGACGCGACAUGUAUAGAAAAAUGCAAACUAGAGACCUGCUUUCACUUCUUUUGCUCGAUCACGUAUAUUCGUAUUGUUUGGACAACCACACUGUGCCUUGUUGAUGAACGCAGAGAAGUCGUGAUGUUGAAGAAAAAAUUUUUCUUCAACAUCACGACUUCUCAACAUAUCAAAACCGUUUUGAUAGCGUUCCAAAAAGAACCGCGGCACUACUUACUACAGGUGCCGUGAAGAUUGUUGCGGGCGGCCAGGAGUACUGGACCGAGCAGAAAGCGCACAAUUACCACUACGAGCAGGCGUUUGAGGUGUUCGUACCGCAGGGCUACCGGAAAAUUGUGGUCGAACUCUGGACGGUGUCGGGGUUUUUCAAGUCGAAGCACCGCACGGCACAGCGGAUCAUCGAUAUUCUGGAGGUGGUGGUUUCCCGCCGCCCCUACGGCUGCGUGCGGAAGGAGUGGUUCAGCCUGAUGAAAAAGUCCGACGGGAGCAAAGACGCGGAAGAGUAAGUUUAUUGGAAAUUCUUGCAUACAGCCUGCUUUUUUGUAGAAGUUGAAGAAUUUUUGUAUCAUACUCCACCUGGUGUGUACUUUUUACGCAUGAUGUGUCCUGCCCGGUGUCUCGUGCCUCGACAAAUGUUGAGUACGGCAGCUUUGCACUUCCUACUGAAACCAAACUGUAUCAGAUUCAAAUCCGGCAAAGCGCAGCUUUCGAUCCAGUACUCCGAGGAUGUGCACAAAAUCUCGGAUGAGAAGGUGCAGAUGCUCGAGCGCUUCACGGAGCACCCGGUUUCCCAGCCGAUGAGUGCGGCUUUGUCGAAGGCGGUGGCGGGGCACUUGGAGAAAAAGAUCAACGGCGUGGACGAUUUACUGCCCAUGAUCGGCUCGUGCUGCGCCUGCGCCAUCAAGUGGGUUUCCAAGUUUGGCUUUCCCAGGACAAAAUACGCGGAUGUGUUUUUAGCGAAAAACGCCAAGGGAAAAGAUACCUGGUAAUUUAGAAGGAGCUGGCUCUACCACUCACUGCAUCUCUUGCGGCUUCGAAUUUUUUUGCGCGCAAACUAAGUACUCGCACAGCUUCCUAAUUCAUAUGCAGCUUCAGGUUUGAAAGAAAAGACGAACCUUUGCGCACUCGAAAAAAUAAAAAAAGGUACUUCGCGAUUUUCGAGUCCGAAAGCGCGCGGUCCCGGCGGUCGCUAACGGAGACCAAGGCCAGCGCGUCACUUUUGACCAUUUCCGCACUUGUGCCGGAUCCCAAAAAGCCGGGGUACGUGUGUCUCCAGUACCAGCCCUCGAAGAAGGCGGACAUUCACGAUUUGUACUUCCAGGUCAAAGACGACAGCUCGAACACCAUGGCAAGCAUCGUCUGGAUCGAAGCCAUGCACGUCAUGAUCGAGUGCGUGCGGCGGCUCCGCAUGCUCCAGCUCGAAAACAAGCGGAAGGAAAUGGUGAACUCCCCGGUCGCGGGGCCACCCGCGAUCGAGUAAAAGAACAUGGGAGGCGAGGAACGCGAGAACAGUUGUCAUACGUAGUUCAAGAAACACCCUUCUAGUACAAUACGAAUCUUUUGUGGACUGAACACAAGUAUUAAAAGACGUAUAGUUUUUCCGUUCGCUUGUUCUGUUUCUGUACUUACGUGUGUGAUUUACAAUACUUUGCUUGCAGCUCCAUCCACUCUGCUAAUUGUAUCAAUUCUGGCUCUUCUUGAAGUAUUUUCGCAGAAAAUGAAAAAUUAAGAUCUCGGACGAGUUGUAUCACACUGCGAUGCGACAAAAAUUGAAGCUCGACUGUAUGUGCCUUGUAUGAUUUGUACCACUUAGUUUGACUUGAUUCGGUGUUGACCAGAUAUCGUUUUUGUUUCCGAGAAGACGAAUCGCGCAACAGAAACAGUACAUAUCGUCCACCUCGAAUCUGGAAAGGU